AUGGAUCCGGGCAGCGGUCGCUCGAGAAACAUUCCUCACCUGCGUCUUAACUCCGGCUAUGAGAAUCCUUUCGGGGACCAGACAAACGGUACUUCUGAGUCCCUUUCCGCAUCUCGUCCGCUGAUCGCACCUCCCGAACCACCAUAUUCUCCCGUUGGCCGGAGUAAUCCAUCGUCCACGGAACAUUUAACCAUUCCACGCCCGCGAGCGUAUCUCGAAAGCAGUCGAAAUGCCGGAGAUGAUUCGUCACGCAGAACUAGCUGGAGCUCCGACGCCGGUAGCCGUUCCAGUCGACACUACCUUGAAUACCCGUUUGGGGAUUCUAGAGUUCCGUCAAGAACAGGAAGCGACGAGGAACCUAUCAAUACUCAAACAGUCGCCGAGAAAUUCGCCAUCUUUCCAGACAAGGACCUGAUCGUAUUUCCACACGACGUAGAAAAAGAUGACGAAAUGCAUAAUCCAGACUCAGAGGAUAAAAAGCGAGGUUGCGCUCUCUGCUCAAAGAGAGGGAUGCUGAACGUUGGCGCCUUGGCCGUUUUAAUUUUGGGACUUUUGGUUCUUUUUAUUGGUUACCCAGUCAUGACUUUUGCGAGAAAGUUGUUUGAGCCAACUAGCCCACAAGGCUGUGAGGGUAAUCCGAUGUGCCUUGACGUUGGAAAGGUUCCGCUACUGAAGAACAUUCGAACUUCAUUAAUCGACCCCGAUACCCCAACUUCCGCAAGAUCCAUCAAGUCAGCAGACGGGAAAAAAUGGGAAUUGGUGUUUUCGGACGAGUUUAAUCGAGACGGACGGACAUUUUUCCAAGGUGACGAUCCGUUUUUCCAAGCAGUUGACAUUUGGUAUGGUGUUACGCAGGAUUUGGAGUGGUACGACCCCGAUGCUGUUACGACAAAAAAUGGAAAUUUGGAAUUACGUUUCGAUGCUUUUCAAAAUCAUGGCCUAAAUUACCGGUCUGGGAUGGUCCAAUCGUGGAAUCAGUUAUGCUUUACCGGAGGGCGCUUGGAGGCAAGCAUAUCCCUGCCUGGUCGUGGUGAUACUUCUGGUCUUUGGCCGGGGUUCUGGUCUAUGGGCAAUCUUGGACGCCCAGGAUACGCUGCAACCACUGAAGGGAUGUGGCCAUACACCUACCAUGACAAAUGCGAUGCUGGAAUCACUGCAAACCAGAGUUCUACAGACGGUAUCAGUUUUCUCCCCGGAAUGAAACUUCCAGCUUGUACCUGCGAUGGAGAGGAUCAUCCAACGCCUGGAAAAUCCCGUAGCGCCCCUGAAAUUGAUGUUAUUGAGGCCAGCGUGCAUCCCUUGGAUGAAGCGGUCCCAUCAACAGUUGGUGAUGUGUCGCAAAGUGCCCAAAUUGCACCUUUCGACGUCUGGUAUAUGCCAAAUUACGAGUUUAUGGAGCUAUAUGAUCCCAAGGUCACACACAUGAACGCAUAUCGUGGCGGUGUCUUCCAGCAAGCAGUCUCCGGAAUCACCAAUCUCAACAAUGAUUGGUAUGAUGGCAAAGCCUAUCAAGUUUAUGCAUUUGAAUACGCACCCGGAGCAAAAGGAGACAUAACAUGGUACGUUGGCAAGGACAAGACCUGGAAACUCGACGGUCGUGCAAUUGGGCCGAAUGGGAAUAUUGGGCAGCGAGUCAUCCCCGUGGAGCCCAUGGCGCUCAUCAUGAACUUGGGUAUGUCCCAGAGCUUUGCCCCAUUGAACAUGACAGGCUUAGCAUCAUUGCUCCCGGCAACCAUGAGGUUCGACUAUGUGAGGAUUUAUCAGGAUCCAGAGAAGAAAAGCGUAACGUGUGAUCCGCCGGGAAUGGAGACAACAGGGUAUAUUAAAAAGCACAAGGAGGUGUAUCAGAAUCCUAAUCUGACAAAUUGGGCCGACACGGAUUACGACUGGCCAAAGAACAAGUUCGUUCACGGAUGCAAAUAG